CAUGAUUCGCAAAGCUAUUAAGUCCUUCAAUUCUAUCCCUCGCAUUAACUACGAAAUCGAUGGAAUAUUAUCUCCUGAUCCUCUUGUAUCUCAUAUGGCUAAAUGGAAAAACUAUGGAUGGAUUGUUAAGGAAGAGCUGGUUCAAAAUUUUCCGACAGUCACGCUUUUUCAUCCGGAUUUUUGCGCUCAGCUUCUGAAGCAAGAAGGUUCUCUGCCCAUUAGACCACCUCCUUUACCACUUGUAUACUACAGAGAGAGCAGGGGAUUGGGCUCAGGUCUCGGUGAAUCAAACGGCAUGGAUUGGCUGAAUAUUAGAAACAAGGCCCAAAGAAUCUUGCUAAAACCAAUGUCUGUUUCCUCAUAUCUGCCAGCUCAAAACGAAGUUAGUCUAGAUUUUAUACAGAGGCUUAAAACUGUUAGAAAUUCAGAGAAUAUUAUUCCAGAUAUGUAUAAAGAACUUAAGAGAUGGUCAUUGGAAUCAAUGGCAACGGUGUGCUUUGAUCAGAGAUUAAAUUUAUUGUCAACAGAGCAAAUUAACGACUGUAAGAGCUAUUACCCUGAGAUUCUUUUAAACAAUAUAGAACACAUUCACAAGGGAAUUUCUGAGUUGAUUUUCUCAGAUUGGAAUGAACAUAUAAAGAAUCAAACGCCUCUUUUCAGAAAUACAAUGGCUUUACUAGAUGAACAAACUGAGAUUACUAUGAAACUUAUAGAGAGUGCAGAUAAAAGUGGUGCUUUGCUCAAUCACCUUUCGAGAGAAAUGUCUCCUGAGAGCUUGAAUACAUUAAUAAUUGAUCUAUUAAACGCCUCUAUCGAAACAACUGCAAAUGGUGUUAUUUUCCUUUUGUAUCUUUUGUCCAAGAACCUUCUUGUUCAAGAUCGUCUAAGAGAUGAAAUUAAUGCAAUUGUAAUCAAUCAACCACUUAAACAAGGUCACAUAGACGAUAUGCCUUAUCUAAGGGCAGUUUACAAAGAAGCAACUCGACUCUUUCCUGUUUCGACAUUUAUUGUUAGAGUUCUUCAGGAGAAUGGAGUUAUUGGAGAUUAUGAAAUACCAAAGAAUAUUCCCAUAUUUUAUUCUAAUAUGGUUGCUGGCCAUCUCAACGAAUUUUUCUUCGAAUCCGACAACUUUAAUCCUAACAGAUGGCUAAAUUCUAAAAAAAAGCCACAUCCUUAUGCUGUUCUACAUUUCGGACAUGGUCCAAGAAUGUGUAUAGGGAAAAGAUUUGCAGUUCAAGAAACAUUUCUAGGUUUAAUUCAACUAGUCCGAAAUUUUAAAAUUGAAUAUAUUGGUUCAGAUAUUGGAUUAAGGAUGAGAUUAUUCAACACACCAGAUAGAGAAAUGAGUUUUCAACUAACAGAUGUCGUUAGAAAAUAA